AGACACCAAGAUCAUGGUGUCAGUGUGACUACAAUCUAUCAACUUCUGUUUGUGCUGGUCAGCAGGUGUAGUUUGUUAGCAACAGCGCUAGCUUUAGACACUGCAAACCCAUCAGAGAUUAUGGCUUUUGGGUUUAACCUUGGGUUAGCUCUGCUCCUGUCUGUGUGUCUGUGUACAAAAUGUGGUCAGAUUCCCAAUGAACUUCAUCACAUGGAGUGCCAUGACCGUUUCUUCGUGAUAGAUGUUGAUCUCUCCCUCACUGGGGAUGUACCUCAUUUUGAGGCUGUUGUUGGAACAGGCGUGUACCCCAUCACAGAGCAGUAUGCAGCCGUGUGUGGUUACAGUGUCAGUGUUUUCCCUCUGCAAGGCCAUGUGGAGCUCAGGGCCUCUUACUUUAGCUGUCACACUGACAACAUAGAUGACGAAGUGUUCAAAUUCCACUUCAACUUAGUGGCGAACCAUGAUGGAAAGGAGGUCACUUAUGCUUUGAACAAGACCUGUUCUCCCACUCUGCCCUGGUCACCAAAAGAAGUGACCUGUGAGAUGAACUACAUGGAAGUGUCUGUGAGGAGUGAUGUGACGUGUCCAACAGGGACGAAGCAAGAUGACUGGAAUGCCGCUGUCCAAACUGCUUAUACUUUAGCCACCUCAGACUGGCAGGUGAUCUUUCAGAGAGGGGAGGAGCAGUUAAUGCCCAUGAACCUCUCAGAUGCUCGCAAACAGGGUUAUGCGUUUGACCUGACAGAGAGAAGACUUGUUUUUCGUACACCAUAUGGGCAACCUGACUCAUUUAGCAUAGAGGUGAAUGAUGUUCCUGUAGAGGUGGUCCAUGCAACUUUGUUCUCCAGACAAAGUUGGGUUGUCCUCUUAGUUGACCUUGUAGCUGCCUGCUCUAUGUAUGAAGGAUCAUAUGAUGGUGGAUACAUGGUAUGGAAAACCCCAGAGUUGCUGAACCCCCUGGUGUCAGAAGUGCAUGACAACACACAGGUCAACAUUGGUGUCAAUGGUGAACUUGUGGAGCAGCCAGUGGAGGAGCGAGGCUAUGUUAUUGAGAAGCACAAUGCUACAGUUGAGAUCCACAUCCCUUAUAAUGCUGAAGGAGGACACAAGAAGAGCCUUGUGAUUGGCGACCUGUACGAGUACUACAUCUUUGAACUUUAUCUGGAGCAAAUCUCCGUGGAUGAGGAUCACGUUGACACCAGGCUACGCUUUCACAGGACACUUGCCACUCCUCUGCUUCCACAUCCUGUUUUUACUGAGAACCGAACAAUUCAUGAUGAACAUGUGUUCACCGUCUACCUGGGAGAUGUCCCCGAGGAUGUUGCGCUGACUGCUGUGGCGUUGAAUGGACACACAUUCACAGCUCCGUUUACAAAUGCAAGCGGCUACAACAUCGCUAAAGUUGUUCACCCCAACAACACCCAUGGCUACACUCUGACAGUGCCCUUCGAUGACCCUGUUGUCGUACAGCAGUUCUCCAAAGAAAAUGCAGCUAUGAAGCACAUGCUGGUCAUCAACUACACACUGACGGUUCUGCCCGAUGAUGGGUCUUACUACCACCAGACGUCAGUCAUGGCACUAACUGAUGCCUCUCCUCCAGAGUUUGAGGCCGUCUGCUCAGAGUUUGGCAUCAGCUUCAAACUGGACCAUCGGCCUUAUGACUACCUGUGGUACAUUGGUAUCGGUUCAGACCGGCUGACACCACAGCUGGCAGCUCAGCACAACUACAGCAUGAGCAAUGACAGCCAGAGUUUAUUGCUCAGUGUACCACUCUACACUCAUGGAUAUGAAUACAAGGACAUUUCUUUGAAGGGAUUCCUUGGCACGUUUGAGAUCCUUGUAAGGGAUCAUGAAACAUCAGAGGUCCAGAGAUCAACCAUCAAGACUUGUCCUUUCACUCCUACAGAGUUCAUCAUGUGUUCGACUGACGGUAGGAUGACUGUCAUGGCUGAUUUAUCUUCGUCCAUACCACGUGGUGAGAUCCCUGCCAGAAGCAACCUGGUCAACAAAUACUGUGGCCCCAAAGAAGUAGAUGACACCAGGGCUCUCUUCACAUUCCCACUCAACAGCUGUGGAUCCACAGUCAAACUUGGCAAGGACUCUGUGACCUAUGAAAAUGAGAUCUUCUUCAGCAAGAAGUUUCAAUCGGAUUCCAGCAAUGUUGUAGCAGGGGUCAAACUGCAGUGUACAUAUCUUCUGUCUGGGCUCCAUCGGCUCUUCUCGGUGUACAAGUUUGAGUCUGACACAGUUGGCCUUGGACACGUUGUACAUUCUGCACACUCGACUGAAGUAGAGCUACAGGAACCCAUGGCGUUCACUGCAGUGCUUCAAACACCACUGCCUCCUACCAGACGUUCAAGACCAGCUUACCGUCUUCCUGGUCAGCAGAUCAAAGUCUUCAAUUACAUAAAUAACUCUUUAAAGAAAGGAGCUGUACGAUCUUCAAAAAGCAAAGCGAACAUAUUUUAAAGAUGUGGUUUGAGUUUUAAAUGUGAAUAAACUGGUAUAUAAAACAA